UCUCCCUCGGAGCGUUCAGCAGGCAUGGUUAAUCUCAUGUUAGCUUCGCAGUCUCCUCACACGAAUGAUGCUACAUUCAAAAGCCCUUCUGAGAAUGGAAGUGGGACUUCAAUGGAAGAGUAUCCCAGUCUCUAUACUUUGAUGCCAAAGCAUUCUCCCACUUCGACUGAGACUUCGACGUCCACUCGCACAAUUACAAUCACUGUCGAAAAAGCAUCUUCAGCUCAGGAGUCUCGGUUCUCUCAAUCUCCUUCUGAGACAUUUCUUCUUUCAUCCGCUACUUCCAAGAUUUCUCCAUCUGCCAAGUCGUUCUCUGACUCCGAGAUUUCUUCAUCAAGCAGUACCUUCUUCAGCGAGGACUCGUCUGCCACCUUUAUUCAGUUUCCUACGGAAGUUGACUCGAACCUGUCACCCACAACCUCUCGUCCUAUCUCUACGCUUCCAAGCGACACCUUGCUCUCGCUCGGCUCCGACACCAACUCCACUAUCUCAAUCAACCAUCUACUCUUGGCCACUGUCGCCUCUCCUCCUCCUUCUCCUUCUUCUUCUCCAUCUUCUUCUUCCCCUCCUUUGUCUACUUCUUCGAUGAACACAGAUACUACGACAAGUUACUGGCCAACUCUUACUUCCCGGUCCUCCAGCGCCCCAGGGUAUGGCAUGUGUUUCGAUCCUCGACUCAACAUGAACGUCCCUUGCUCUGCCACGGGCACUUUACCUGCUGCACCUGCAUUGGCCACUACAUCCACAACCACAUCUGCAGCAGCAGCAGCAGCAGGGGUUACCAAUUCUCUGAUUCAUCGCUUUCCAGCUGCCUGGUGUAUUUGUGUCACUGUUGUCGUGGCUCUUGUGAGUCUUGUCGGACUCUUGUAGUCCUGGAGCAGUCACAGUCCUGUUAUUGCUGUUUGCUUGUCUGCAUAUCUGUCAUUGUUUGUUUGCUUUUUCUGUAUAUCACAGUUUUUGCAUUCAAAUAUGACACAGCAGUCACGACUCACCGCGACUAACGACUAACGACUGCGGACCGAGGACCGAGGACUAUUAAAGAUGUGCAGAGCAAGAGUUGUACCUCAAAAUAUUUGAGGAAAACGUGCAUUUGCUGGUCCAAAUGCCCCACAGCUUCACAGCACUGAGAACCCUUUCUUUUUCUAGUGCUGGGAAUAUCUCUCUCUUGCUCUGACACACUUUUAACAGACCACGGACCACGGUCUACAGUCACACAGACACUGCUCUUACCCUGUGUUUCUGCACAGCCUUUCAUUUGUCCCUUUCUGAUCUCUUGUUAUUUCGCUGUUCGCUUUGCUCAUAUUUGCUUCACUUCAUGCA